AUGGCCAAUGCGAAAAAACCUUAUACCAUCGCUGAAGAGUUAGUGAAGCCAUGUAUCCUUGAAGUUGUUAAGACCAUUCUGGGGAAAGAUGCAGAAAGGAAGGUGCAACAAGUACCAAUGUCUAACAAUGUCAUCAGGAACAGAAUAACUGAUAUGAGCGAGGACAUCUUGGAACAAGGCAACUCCUAUGGCACUCCUGCUAUGCUAGGAAAUCGGUCUGGAUUUGCAGCCCUCAUGAAACGGGAAAUUCCUGAGGUCCGUGUCACACACUGCCUGCUUCAUCGGUAUGCAUUAGCAGCGAAGACUUUACUAAAAAGUCUGCAAGACGUUUUGUCAACAUGUGUGAAAAAUGUUAACGUAAUUAGAGGAUUUUCACUGAACCAUCGUUUAUUUCAAGCAUUUUGUGAAAGCAUGGAUUCUGAACACACGGUUCUACUGUACCACACGGAGGGAAAUUUGGGUAGGUUUCCAUCACUGGAAGAAGUUGUUGAAGAACACGAGUCACUACUUCCAGAAGUUGCCACAGCAAUACACAUUCACUUUGAACAGCUAUUAAAUGCCUUUGUUGGGUAUUUCUCUGCAGGAAAUUUGGCUAGGUUUCCAUCACUGGAAGAAGUUGUUGAAGUACACGAGUCACUACUUCCAGAAGUUGCCACAGCAAUACGCAUUCACCAUGAACAGCUAUUAAAUGCCUUUGUUGGGUAUUUCUCUGCAGGAAAUUUGGCUAGGUUUCCAUCGCUGGAAGAAGUUGUUGAAGUACACGAGUCACUACUUCCAGAAGUUGCCACAGCAAUACACAUUCACCAUGAACAGCUAUUAAAUGUCUUUCAUGGGUAUUUCUCUGCAGGAAAUUUGGCUAGGUUUCCAUCGCUGGAAGAAGUUGUUGAAGAACACGAGUCAGUACUUCCAGAAGUUGCCACAGCAAUACGCAUUCACCUUGAACAGCUAUUAAAUGCCUUUGAUGGGUAUUUCUCUGCAGGAAAUUUGGCUAGGUUUCCAUCGCUGGAAGAAGUUGUUGAAGAACACGAGUCACUACUUCCAGAAGUUGCCACAGUUGCUAUUAAAUGCCUUUGUUGG